AUGACGGGAUUCAAACUGCAAACAAUCGAUCUAAAUCACAUAUCCAAUGAAAAUCAGCUUUUGCCAAUUGUGAAGAGUAUUUUAAUUGAUAAUGACACGUUUCUGCUGAAGAAUUACGCUAAUUUGCAUUCGAUUCAUGAACUACUGGAACAAAUAGCCACAGAAAGUCCUGAUACCACGCAAGGCUUUGACGCGAAUUUUACCGGCGCACUAACUUUGGAGCAUGGAACUAUGGUUGAACAAUACAUUACGAAUACGGGAGAAUUGCGGUUCCCAAGAAAGUGUCCCAAUGCGGCGUUGGAUAAGGUUUCGUCUCGCCUGCUGAAGAUAGGUGUUUAUUUUGCACGUUUAUGUCUCGCUUCGGUUGCAGAUAGUUCUCUGGUAAUAACUGAGAAGCAAGUUGCUACACGUCUUACCCGCUACCAUAAACCUGUCUCUAACACGUUGUUGGAUAUGCAAUUUGAAUACGACGACGAAUUUAUCGCAAGACAGCCAUCUGGAAUCAUCUCGAUUUUUCCAUGCGCUCAAAAUAUCAGCUACGAAUACAACGGUCAGUGGAGAAAAGUCGACGAACCAGAUUGUAUUUUGGUGCAUACUGGAAAGCUGCUAUCUCAAUUGUCCGGUGGGUUGCAUAGUAGUAACCGAAUCAAAUUCAGCUCUACCAAUUCAAUACAUUUAGAUGUUUUCCCCGUUCUUGACUCAACUUUCAAUAAUGUCACAUUGGCUCAAUUUGUUUUGGAUGACCAGAUCCAGGAAUUUCCCCAAGUCGCACAGAAAUACUACCCUCGCGAACUUGCACAGCAGAAGCUUCGUAAACGCGUUGAUUUCCUAAAAUCUAUUUUCAAUGUGACCGAUUCCGUCAUUUCACUUUAUGCUAUAUCGGGGUCGAUUUCUACCUCUGCUCCAGAACUUCACGCUCUUUUACCACAGAUAUCAAACAUGUUGAAAAGAAAAGUCUCACAGGAGAGUUUUCUUAGAAUGAUGUCUCUAUGGGAAGAUGCAUAUAUAAUAGAGAUUAGCUCAAGUGGAGAGCUCGCAAUAAGAACGCCUAACUCAAGUCUCUUGAAGUCAUUAUCCAAUAAAUCUAGAAAACUGGAGUACGUACAAAGGGCAGAAACAUGGUUCUCUGAAACUAUUCAACGUGAAGUUAUACCCGAAGAUGUGCCUCUUUACAGAAUAAACAAGCGUCGUGGUAGUGAGGGAACUUAUGAAGCUCACAGCUCAUCUUCGAGGACCAAUAAUAGGCCCAUCUCCCAACCUGGAAGAAGGAAAGGUUACAUUUUCAACACCAAGGAAAAGUUUAUGACCAAAGAAAUGUCUAUAAACAACGGUGAGCCAUCCUUACUAGAUCGUAUAAGAGAGAAAGAGAGAAAGGCUAGUGCCCUAUUAGCACAACGUGAAAGGCAAUAUCAAGAUUUUUUGAAUGUCAAGAUCAGUCAGGUAUUUGAUAUUUUACUUUCUCUUCCUUCCGAACAACCCUACACUAUAACACACCUACAGAACUUAAUUGUGGACAGUCUUCUUGAUAGUAACAACCCUAUUGGUGAAACAGAAACGCAACAAAUACUAUUCAAGUUGCAGUAUAUUUUAAGUGACAGAAUGAAAAUUAUUGAUGUCGAAGGUGGCCUCAAAGUUUUUAGGUGGUCUCCACUCGAUAAACGCCUGCUAGAGGACAGAAUGAGUGGAAACAAUAAUGUAAUUUAA